AUGAACUUCAUCAAGAAAUGCUGGGAGGAGAUUGGUAUGGAAUUCACUGCAGCUGUGAUGGGGUUCUUCCAAAGUGCUAAGCUACCAACUAAUGCGAAUAUCACGUGGGUGACGCUUGCUCCGAAAUUUUUCGGAGCUAAGGAGAUCAAGGAUUUCCGGCCGAUUAGUAUGGUGGGGUGUGUGUAUAAGGUGAUUUCGAAGGUAUUGAUGAGAAGGAUGAGAUCAGUUAUGCCGGGCUUGGUAGGAGAGACUCAGAGUGCGUUUGUGAAGGGUAGAAAAAUCCAUGACGGCGCGCUCAUAGCAUGUGAGACGGUUCAUUGGCUCAAGUCGCGGCGAAAGCAAGCGGCUAUUAUUAAGAUGGAUUUUCAAAAAACUUAUGAUAGAGUCAGAUGGAGUUUUGUUGAUAUUGUGCUUCAGAAGAUGGGGUUCGGCCACAGAUGGAGGACUUGGGUAAAGGAGUGUGUCAGUACAACCACUAUGUCAGUCCUGGUUAACGGGUUGUCUUCCAAGCCGUUCAACAUGGAGAGGGGCCUCAGACAAGGAGACCCUCUGUCUCCCCUUCUGUUUGUGCUUGUGGUCGAUAUUCUGCAUAGGAUGUUGGGGGAAGCCGUCAGGAACGGGCGCAUCGCUCCGCUACUGGUCGGGGGAGAUCGGUGCAAUCAAGCGGACUUACCUGUAUGGUACCUCGGGGUUCAGUUAGGAGCUAAUCCGCGCCUGGUGAAGACUUGGAAACCCAUCAUAGAUAAGGUGGAAGAGAAACUCAGUUUAUGGAAAGCGAAGGUUUUGAACAAAGCAUGUAAGCUUGUCCUUAUCAAAUCGGUAUUUAAUAGCCUACCAAUCUAUUACUUAAGUCUGUAUAAGAUGCCAAAGGCGGUGGCCGACAAGCUGAUUGCGUUACAGAGGAGCUUUAUGUGGUGUAAGGAGGACAGUAACUAUGGUAUCCCUCUAGUUAAGUGGGAGGUGGUACAGGCCCCGAAAAAGGCUGGGGGUUUGGGAGUUAGGGAUGCAGUUCUUAGGAACACGACCCUUUUGUUUAAGUGGUGGUGGCGGUUUUCAAAGGAGGAAUGCCCAUUGUGGAAGAAGAUUGUAUGCUCGUGUAACAAAUUGAAUCCGAAUGUAAUGCUAGCAAAUCAGACUCUACCGGUACUACAAUCGGAGACUUUAUCGGACGAGAUUACGAGCUAUAAUUUCACUAGUUCAAUUUGGAGAGGGGUGGUAUGGUGUGCUUGGUUGAAGGCUUGGGAUAGAGAUUGGACUAUUCUUGGAACCAUUAAAGAACUGUUUGAGAGUUGGACCACCAUGCACAAUAGGAAAGAAACGCAGAAGACAUGGAUGACUGGGUUCUUUGCAGUGAUUUGGAACGUCUGGUUGGAGCGCAAUGCGAGAAUUUUCAAUAAUAAAGAAACAAGUGUUGAUAUCAUAAAGAGAAGGAUGUUUUUGAGCUACAAAGAAUGGAUUGAUAGUGAUCCUUUUGGUUGUUGA